AAACCAAGUGGGUCCUCCUUCCAUCUUCCCCAAAAAUACGAAAAAUGGAAAAAGGCCCCGUCUGAAAAUUGACUUCGAAAAUCCUUCCCAGUUCCAUAACCAGCCAUGAUUUCACAAGCCCUCUCAUCAUCCUUCCUUCCCUCAUCCAUUACCCGCCCCACGUCCCCUUUUCUCCCCACCCACUGGAUUUUGUCCUCCCUGAGCCUCCACCACUACUACCCAGCUGCCGUCUCUUGGGCCUCUCCCGCCACCACUACUCGUUUUUUCAUGGCUUCUGCGUUAGGUGGUGGUGGUGGCGGCGGCUCCACCAGCCGAGGGUUCUGGGAGUGGAUUAGACCAUCACCGGGGUUUUACGUUUCGCCAUUUGCUGUGGUUUGCGUAUUAUUGGGCAUUUGCGUUGUGAACAAGAAGAUCUUCUUGUGGCUGGUUUGGAAUUGGUUUCGAGCUGUUGUUUUGGGCAUAUUGGCAAUUGCUCUUCUAGACAACCCAAUGACGGCUUUAAUCUCCGCUUUAGCUGCUAUUGUAGCUGCUAUUCAGCUUUUGCUUGCUCGGAGUCAGAGAGCUUGAUGACGUAGGAUGAAGAUCAAGAAUUUUUUCUUGUAUGCUUGUACAUAUUGCUUCUAGACUAGUGAUGACAAGAGCUGUAGGUUUAGGUAUUGCCUUCUUGAUGGAUGAGGUAUACUCUUUUAGAAAAUUACCAAAUUGGAAUUAGGGAUCGGCUGAAAAUGACAUAUGUUGUUCUUAAAAUGUUAUUAUCACCUUGAUUUUUGGCACAGUUGUCUGACAGACUUUCACAGGUUUGUUGAAUGCAUAUUCUGCAUGUGUGCUUACGAGUUGUGAUAGGAUGAGAAUAGUUGAAAUCCUAUAUCUCUUUCUGUCCAUAUUUUUUUCCAUAUUACAGUGAUUUUAUGUUCACAAGAUGAGGUGGCAAUAUGUGAUCUUUGAAUAUGUUGAAUUGACUGGAAUUGGGAGAUGUCUUAUAUAAAGGAAUUAAAGAUUACUGAUGCUUUCUUUGACAAGUUUGAAUCUAGGACUGUGAUUUGGAAGAGAGAUGCGAGAGAAGAAGGUAGUCCCAGUGUCUCAUUGUCUAAGGUAGCAGACACACAGGAGGUAUGGGGGUGGGACUUGGGAAUGCCUUUUUUUUUUUUAAAUUCUUUUUGUGGGGAGUGGGUAGUCAUAUUUGCACUUGCUGUCCAAGAUUUUCCCUGGUUUGUAUUGCACAAGGUAAUGGAGUUUUAUUUUAGGCGUUUAGUCUGUGUAUUAUGUCAUCAUUAUGUUUCAGGUGUCAUUUCCAAGUUCUAGCUGUUUUAAACCCGCUUCAUAAUUAGAUUCACAAGCCCUGAAUCUUCUUGUAAGUUGAUUUCCAAAAUAUUUAGUCAUACCAUCACUUUGUAUCUCUAAGAUUUUUACUGUUUUCUUUGCUUUAAUUUCCUUUUAUCUUUUUUUUUGGCAGCUAUUUCUUGCAGUAUUAUCCCUCAAGUUAUUGCUAAUCCUAAGAUGUAUAUGCUAUUUUUCCUAAAGAAGCGCAUUUGUAGUUGUUAAGUGAUACAUUACUGCAUUAGGUGUGUUCCCUUCGCAUCCUUCAUACAUUUCUUAAGGUCCGUUGCCAGUUAGUAGAUAAGGUUGGACUACUUUCAUAACCUAUAGGUGUCCCAUUUCACAAGAUAUAUGUUCAAUGUAGCGUACAGUUGUAUCAACAUACACGUAAACUAUUUGCUACUACUCAGGCAUCUCAAUGUAGUGGUUACAGCAACUUAUAAAAGAAUGUUGCCUUAUGAUGCAAAAUAAGUAGGAUUGUGCCCCUGCAACCACGUAAACAUUUCAAAGUUUAUAGCACAAGUACCUCUGCUGAAUUUGUAUAUACUGCUUAAUGUCAUUUGCUCUCUGUCUAUUCCCAUGGAGAGAUAUGAACAGUUGGCUCUCUGCCUAGCACAGAGAUUUGAUGGAUUAUGUUGUGGACCAGUAUGUUUGACAUCUUUCUACAUGGUGCUAAAGAUAAUAGUAUCAGCUGUUAAGACAAACUGCAGCACAGCACUAGGAGCUAAUAAGAUUCAGCUAUAUCAAGGCAUCAAACACUGCUAUUUCUGUAGUUUUUGCUGUGCCUUAUCUUCAUGUUUUUCUUUUAGUUUUGUAAAAUAUGAGCUUAUAUAAGCAUGGAUUGCACUUGUGCAUAGUGUGCCAGUGCAUUUUCUUGUGGAGAACAAGGUUAUGCAGCUCAUUGUCUUACCAUGCAUGUGUCUGCUGGACUUUGAUCUGUUUUCACAGUGUAACUUGUAGAACCAAGAUGUGAAACACAUGCACAGGAUUAGACUGUCUUGACACAGGAAACUUGCUUAGAACUCAUCAUUUUCUUGAAGGUAGAAAGUUUUUGUGCUACCCAACUUAACCCAGAUCGUGGUGUUGGAAGAAAUUCUUGAAGUUGAGUUUAGGCCAAUAACUAGAAGUUCUAGAAAUUGAUCAUUAUUAAUGGGCAGCCGUGGAAAUGUUUGGUGGCCUCCUUUAGGAUCGCUUAGAGAGAAAAUCUCUUCUCAGUUGCUGUUCCUUUUGAGUUCUAAGACUGGAAAAAUGUCAGUUAUCAUUAGAGAUGAAAUAUGCGAAUGGCCAAGUGGGAGAAGAAGGGUACAUAAUUGUUACAAUUAAUUGAAGCUACCACCUCUUAUUUUUUUUACCCCUUCCUGGUUCAAAUGAUUCUGUUACAUGGACUUUGGACCCCACAGGUAUCUACUCUGCUAAUUUAACUAUAAAGCACAUAGUUGUACCUGGUUCUUGCAUCUAAAUUUUCUUGGUAUCAUGUAGUGCGAGGUAGAAAACACAAUACUAGUGGUUCUCCUUUAUAUUGUGGUUUGCUUGCAGGGAAAGAUUGACUACCUAGGAUAGACUGCAUUCAGGGGUUAUGGAGAUUAAUCCAAUCUGUAGGUGUGCAUGAGUAAGUAGGGAACUAUAAAUGAUCUGUUUUUCCUGUGUCCCUAUUCAGCACAAAUUUGGGAAGCUGUGCAAAGGAAAUGUUCGUUGUUUAGGCAGGCUGGUGAUUGGGAUGUUAAAUUUGGAUGGAUGAUCAAACAUGCUGCUCAGAAGUCUUUUUUUGGUAGUCUUCAUCAACUAGCUUUUGCUGCAACAGUAUAUCACCUAUGUGUAGGGGAACAACCAAAUAUUGGUCAUGGUGCUCAAGGACAUGCAUGGAUCAUAGCAGGUUGAAAGAAUAUAUUAAAAAGAAGCAGAAGAUAUUCAGCUUCAAAUGGAAGUGAAUUUUCUUACUUUGUACUUUCCGGAGUUAAGUUUCCCUGAGUUGAUUUUGUUAGCUGAUUUUUUUGAUACUCAAUAUACCUGUAAAGUUAUAUAGACCUGUACAUAGCUUAGCUGGUAUUGGCUUUUUUUUUUUUCUUUUUAAAAGUAUAGGUUAAAAUGUAAAAUUACAGUUAUUCCUUGACUGGUAUGUAUGUUCCUUGACUUGUGCAAGUUUCUGAGGAUCAGUAAUACGAUAAUAAGGC